GCGACUAGAUGUGGGUCGUAGACUAUCUACUUAUCUAGUACCUGUAUAUAUUAAUUAAUAAUAUUAAUUAAUAGUUUAAAAUUUAAUGAUAGUGUUUGAAAUUUGAAUCAUACAAAGGUACCCGUGGUUGGAAUUUUGAACGAAUUGUAAAUAUUUUUAUUAGUUUAUUCAUUGAUUGUUGAGUAAAUAAUAUAUUCUUAUUUUUUUGAGUUUGAGCACAACUCACAGCUGAUGCUACAAAUUACAUAAUGCCGCCAAUGGUUUUAAUUUAAAAUUAUGAGUCUUAAAUUAAAUAAUGUCAAUAUAAAUCUUGUUGUAUCCAGUAUUCUUAACAAGGAAAGGUACAGCUAUUGUAGGUUAUGCUUGCAAAAAAUAGAAAAGCAGUACGUACGCUUUAACGAUACAGUUUGUCUUGAUUCAAGUAGUGGACUUCUGCAGCCAUUGAAGAAUGUUGUAAACAAAUUAUUGGGUGAAGAGAUUUCAGAUGAAAUUGCAGGAGUUGAUGCAGUCUGUGUUAACUGUGUAAAUGAUGUAUUAUCAUCAUUACGUUUCAUAGAACAUUGCAAAAAGUCUUCACAAGCUCUAAAUGUAGUAAUUAAUAAUUUAACUAACAAUUUAACCACUCAAACAAAACUUGAUAAAAACAGUAAAUUGUUUAUUAAGAUUGACAAAUCUAGAACUGAGGUCCUAGUUGUGAAACAUCUCAAGCAAAGGCCUUCAAUUAACAAGUACCAAUGUUUUAUGUGUCAAGUGUAUUUUCAGCAAUUUGAACAUUAUAAAGAUCAUAACUUUAUUUGUCAUGGCAUAUUCUCAUGUAAUAACUGUGGCAAGACAUUCACUGAUGCAAUAUUGCUUGAUAGACAUACUAAUGAAAACCACAACUUCAAGUGUCCACACUGCUCUCACAUUGGAAAUACUAUAGACAGCCUUAAUGAGCAUAUAGAACAAUUCCAUUCCUCAGAAAUUUGUAAGGAGUGUGGUAAAGUUUACAGAGGCUUAAUAAAGUUGCAUGCACAUGAAGAAAAGCACUUGAAACAAAACAUCUGUCCCAAAUGUGGUAAAGAGUAUUCAACAAGAGAUUUUUAUGAACGUCAUGUUAAAUUGUGUGUAAAUAAUCUCUUAGAUCCACAUCCUAGUAGAAAUAGCAUGGAGAAAACAUUCUCUUGUGAGAAAUGUGAAAAAGCAUAUAGUACAAAAGGAGGCUUAAGAGUUCAUAACAGGUUUGUGCAUGAAAAUGCCAAGUCUCACAUAUGCCAGGAAUGUGGAAAAAUGUUUACUGCACCCAGCUAUUUAAAAAUUCACAUGGUGAAACAUACAAGGGAAAGAAACUUUAAAUGUAAUAUGUGUUCUAAAAGCUUUGUAUCCAAAGAGGCAUUAUUAUAUCAUAUUAGGAGGCAUACUGGAGAAAAGCCUUAUAGUUGUAAGUUGUGUACGGAAACAUUUGUGAAUGCUUCAGCAAGAGCUGAACACAUGAAGUUUAAACAUAUAGGUCCAACAUUAAUGUGUGAUAUUUGUUCACGCAAGUUUGUUACUAGUUCCUUUUUAAAACAGCAUAUGUCUCGUCAUCAUGAUCCUAGAAGUAAACUGUACCGUGCUAGUCCUACUGUGGCAGCUAAUAAGACAUUACAUCAAAAUAUGAAAAAUAACAAUUAUUAACACAGAAUUAUGAUAAUAAUAUAACUAAUGGUCAUGUAUUAUUAUUUGGUCAUGUACAAUUAUAAUGGUUACAAACUU